GCUUACGCGUGAAUUUAUAUACAUCCGUGAUUAGGUGAAGUAGUAGUCAUAUAUAUCUCUUAGAGGGAUAGAAGUAGAAGAAGUAUAGUUACAUACUACCUCGCAUACGGCUCGAAUUACCGCUGACAAUAUGAAAUGUGUCAACAACACAUGCGGGAAAGAUUACCUGGAAAACGAGAACAACGAGACAGUCUGCUUGUACCAUCCUGGGGAGCCGAUUUUCCACGAAGGACUCAAAGGCUGGUCAUGCUGCAAAAAGAGGACCGCAGAUUUUUCAGAGUUCCUGGCCUUCCCAGGCUGCACCGAGGGUCGGCACUUGGACAAAAAGCCUCAGGCAGAGACGGUCGUUGCCGAAGAGCCCAUCGCGCCUACCCAUCACGCACCCAUCGAGGAAGACACAAAACCCAAAAGCGACGAGAGCGCCGCAGUGGAGGUAGCCAUAACACGCGGUCCCUCUGCGCAGAAGGCGUACAACACCUUCAUUCAGAAGCACCUGGCAGACAAGGCUGCGAGAGACCAGGGCAUUGUGGAUGACGCAAAGGUCUGCGAGCACAAAGGCUGUAGUAGUACGUACGGUGAGGCAAAGAAAGAGGACAAUUCACGAUGCGUAUAUCACUCUGGCGCACCUGUAUUUCACGAGGGAUUCAAGUCGUGGUCGUGUUGUCAUAUCAAAACCUCUGAUUUCCAGGAGUUUAUGGACCAGAAGGGAUGCUCUGUAGGCACACACCUGUGGGCACCACAAGAAGACACCACAAGUCAAACCGUGGAGUGUCGGACGGACUUCUUCCAAGGUGCGGAGACACUGUCGCUGAGUGUGUUCGGAAAACACAUUGAUAUAGAGAACACGGUACUGAAGGUCACCAAUCACAAGAUCUGUUUGGACAUGAAGUUCGAAGGCACCAAGCACUGCGUGAUGGAUAUUCCGCUGUACAAGGAAAUCGAUCCCACGAAAACCACAGCCAGAGUUGGACCGGCGAAAUUGGAAAUAGGAAUCACAAAGGCGGAUGCUGGUCAGUGGCCGCAACUCAAGUAGCAGUAGUGAACCAGGUUUAUUAUGUAAUUAAAUCUGCACUUCAUCGCGAAAUUUGGGUCAUGUGGUCGAGUUUUGGGUCUGAAAUCGAAAACACAAAGUUGUUAUCAUCGUAUAGUCUAUACACCAUCUAGCAGUGCUUGUCUGAUAUCUUGUCGGCCAAUCAGAUCGCUUGCUCCAGCUACAGGCAGUGGCAGACUUACGAGUGCUCCUCUUAGCUGCAUACCGUUUUGGUUGAUGCGAUUGAUUUCACAUAACCAUUAAGUGUUCAGAUAGUAACCAUUAAGCGUUCAGAUAGUAACCAUUAAGCGU